AGCUGGCGCGCUACCUGGCGCACGCCGCCAUAGCAUUACGCGCCGUCCAAUGGCGGCAGCUCGGGAUAAUGUGAUUUGGGCCGCUGCUCUGUGAUUACCGGCAUCAAUUAUGGGCAGGACAAAAAUAGCGGCGCCGUUCCCGUAGCCCGGCACAUCUGCUGGACCAAGCGGGCAGUGACAGAGGAACACGCCGUGCGGGUUACCGCGCCGUUCCGUACCCCUCCCCGGCAGUUUUACUCCGACCGGCCGCCGCUGCUCGCGUCAUGCGGGCUUGACUCGCGCCCCCGCCCGCCCGCACGGAUAGCCUGACCGCGUACCGUCGCCAUGGCCUACCGAAGACGUGCCAGGCGAUCCUCCCUGCUCGGAAGGCUGUUCUUCCUCUGCACCGUGCUCUUCGUCUUCUCGGCCGUGUCUUACCUCGGCCUGGACGGUGCAGAGAGAAGCCCGGAGCACCCCUUCACACACGGCAGGCAGCCGUUUCCACACCGCCUCCUCCUGUCCAUGCCCACAAACCGGAGCGGCGGGAACGACUCGGAAUGCACCCCCCUAACAAUUCACGAGUUCCCGCCGGACCUGUUCUCGCAGACCCAGCGGAGACAUGGCGCCAUCGUGGUGCACACGCUCGUGGUCAUCUACAUGUUUGCUGCGCUCGCCAUCGUGUGUGACGACUACUUCGUCCCGUCCCUGGAGAAGAUCAGCGAGAAUCUGGGGCUCAGUGAUGACGUUGCCGGGGCAACCUUCAUGGCGGCAGGAAGCUCGGCCCCAGAGCUCUUUACGUCAAUCAUAGGCGUCUUCAUUGCUAAGGGAGACGUCGGUCUGGGGACGAUCGUGGGUUCCGCUGUCUUCAACAUCCUCUUCGUCAUCGGGCUGUGCGGACUGUUCGCUGGAAUUAUCGUGCCCCUGACGUGGUGGCCGCUGUUCCGGGACACUGCUGCUUACCUGGUCUCCAUCAUCACACUCAUCUUUGUCAUUGAAGACGGAAAUGUUUCCUGGUACGAGUCGCUGGUGAUGUUGUUAGAGUACACCGCCUACAUCUUCUUCAUGGGGUUCAACCCGCAGGUGGUGGGCUGGCUGCAGAGACGGAAGAUGCGGAAACAGGGGAACGCCGUGCAGCACACGGAGGAUGCCAACAAGAGAAACUCCAUCCUCAUGAGUGAAAGGAGCGCGUCUGACAGUAAGACCCCGUCCCCAACCCACAAACCGCUGAUGGUGGACGAGAUCAUCCAGCAGUCUCCCCGCAAACUCAACUUCCACGACGCCGGCUUUAGGGUCAUGAUGACGCACCACUUCAAGCCGGAGACACGGCUCAGGGCCGCCGCCAGGGUGCUGGUUCUGGAGAUGCAGGAGCAGGCCAGGGUACAGAAGCUGCGCGAACAGAAGUGCGCGCGGCUGCAGCAGCAGCAGAACCAAACUCUUCAGUACCAGGGACAGACCCCGCACGACAGCCAGCAGACUCUAGAGGUUCUGGACGGUCUGAUGUCCGGCGGAACUUCUUCGGCGGUGUCCCGAUCUCAGUCGACCAAGUCGUCGAUCGGCGGCGAUAUCCCCGAGGUGGUGGUGACGACCACGUACGCGCUGGACCCUCCCGGCGGCAUUCCAAACGGACUGGCACCGCAGAGCCCCAUCACAGGGCAGGACAGCGACAGCGCUACCCAGAGUUUGGCUGACGGGGACCUUCACAGUGAGGAGUUAGAACCAGGCGGCAUCUGUGAAAUCCCAGACGAUUUGUCCGGGAAGUUCCGCUGGGUCGUCAUGCUGCCAUGCGCAGUCGUGCUGUUCGUCACGUGUCCUGACGUGCGCAAGCGCCGCUGGGAAAAAUGGUUCAUCGUCACCUUCCUCAUGUCCAUCUUCUGGAUCUUCAUCUUCUCCUACAUCAUGGUGUUCAUGGCCACCAUCAUCGCCUACACCCUGGGCAUCCCGGAUACCAUCACGGGCAUCACGCUUCUGGCAGCAGGAACCAGCGUACCCGACGCCAUGGCCAGCCUCAUCGUCGCUCGGCAAGGUCUGGGAGACAUGGCCGUGUCUAACAGCAUCGGGAGUAACGUGUUCGACAUCUUACUGGGUCUCGGGCUGCCCUGGUUUCUCAAGACCACGGUUGUCUCCUGGGGAGGAUCGGUUGCCAUCAAUAGUCGGGGAAUGAUCUACUCAGUCGGACUGCUUUUCGGAACUGUAGUUCUCAUGAUCCUGGGCAUCCACUGCAACCGGUGGCGCCUGACCCGACCGCUCGGCAUUAUCGCUAUGAUCACGUACGCUGUGUUCCUCGUCUUCGCCGUCUGCAUCGAGUGUAACGUGUUCGUGUACGUCAACCCGCCGCUCUGUCCCGAGUAACAUGGACCGUCAACCCGCCGCUCUGUCCCGAGUAACAUGGACCGUCAACCCGCCGCUCUGUCCCGAGUAACAUGGACCGUCAACCCGCCGCUCUGUCCCGAGUAACAUGGACCGUCAACCCGCCGCUCUGUCCCGAGUAACAUGGACCGUCAACCCGCCGCUCUGUCCCGAGUAACAUGGACCGUCAAACCGACGCUCUGUCCCGAGUAACAUGGACCGUCAAACCGACGCUCUGUCCCGAGUAACAUGGACCGUCAACCCACCGCUCUGUCCCGAGUAACAUGGACCGUCAACCCGCCGCUCUGUCCCGAGUAACAUGGACCGUCAACCCGCCGCUCUGUCCCAAGUAACAUGGACCGUCAACCCGCCGCUCUGUCCCGAGUAACAUGGACCAUCAACCCGCCGCUCUGUCCCGAGUAACAUGGACCGUCAACCCACCGCUCUGUCCCAAGUAACAUGGACCGUCAACCCGCCGCACUGUCCCGAGUAACAUGGACCGUCAACCCGCCGCCCUGUCCCGAGUAACAUGGACCGUCAACCCGCCGCUCUGUCCCGAGUAACAUGGACCGUCAACCCGCCGCUCUGUCCCGAGUAACGUGGACACAUUCACGCUCACCUAGUCACUGGAAUAUCAACCUCUACUUACAAUGCUACAGCACACUAACGCAGGAUCAACUGUAUGGUGUUAUCGUCAUCAAUUUAACUGUCAGAUUCACCACAAAACUUUUUCCCAUUUUUGCACAGUAACCUAUCCAUUUGUGUUGAAUAGAAUUGAAAUGGACGCUAUAUCCUGACCUAACCAUUGGAACAUCAUUCUCUACUUACGACAGUCCUGUUGCAACUAGC